AUGUCUUUUAAGCCAAAAACCAGCUACAAUGCGGUGGAUAAGGUUUGGAGCAGUGAAAAGGAAAAAUCCCAGUUCGGAGAUGACUUGUCCAUGGGCGAAAUCAUCUUCCAGGAGAUGCUACGACAUCCCAAGGAUAUUGCACAAAUAUUGGAGCCCGAAGGCCGGAUUCUUCUAAGGCAGGAUCUGUUGGAAAAUACCAUGCGAAUUGCUACCUUCAUGCGAAACUUGGAACUCACUCAGUCGCACUUUGUGGGCAUUGUGGCGGGAAACUCCAUGCAUAUUUCGGCCGUUGCCUAUGCCUGUUUGUUCAAUGGCAUCGCCAUAAACGCAAUAAACCCCGCCUAUAUAGGCGACAUUAUAAAAAAUCUCUAUCAGAUCACCCAGCCUCGACUUAUCUUCUGCGACGGCGAUGUAUACGAGAAGGUCAAGGCAUCCACCGCUAAAUUGAACGUUCAAUUGGUGAGCAUGCGGAAUCAUCCAGAGGGUGUCAUGACUAUCGAAGAGGUACUGCAAACUAAGGUGCAAGAGGAGUUCAAGCCCACUUCCCUAAAAUUGGAUAAUAUCCCGAUAAUGGCCAUUCUCAGCACUUCUGGCACCACCGGCACACCCAGGGCCGUAGCGAUAACGAAUAAUCGAAAAGUUUUAAAUGGCUUUACAUCUCUAACAACCUCAGACGUUCAGUACGCAGCCAGCUCCCUGGAUUGGGCAAUGGGUUUGAUGGUCACCAUCGCCGAGGGUGUUUAUAGCACAAAGCGCAUUAUAUCCGAGAAACCUUUGGAACCAAGCGAAACCCUGAAGUUACUCGAAAAGCAUCAGGUGACAUGGAUCGCGCAGUCGCCGGCACAAGCAGCUUCCAUAGUGAGUUGUCCCUUCUUUAAGGAGGCAAACCUGGAGAGUCUUCGUUAUUAUAAUGUAACAGGAGGUCGCUGUACCAUGGAAGUUCAGAAGAAACUUCGCAGGAAACUCGGCAGGAACUGUAUAAACUUUGGCUAUGGCAGUUCAGAGCUAGGAUCCUAUGGCUGUAUAAAUUGGCACUUCGAUGAAAAGCCCAAUUCGGUGGGUAGGCUUUGUCCUGGUUACAAGAUGAAGAUUAUAAACGGCCAAGGUGAAAAUCUGGGACCCAACGAGGAGGGCGAGGUGUGCAUUGACAUGGGAAGCUAUUGGCCGGGCUAUUAUGGCAACCCGGAGGCUACGGCCUUGGUAUACAAGGAUAACUGGUUGCACAGCGGUGACCUCGGCUAUGUCGAUGACGAUGGCUUCGUGUACAUCGUGGAACGAAAGAAGGACUUGUUAAAGUACCAAAGCAACAAGUACUAUCCGCAUGAACUGGAGGAACUGAUCUCCAGAAUGCCCGGCGUGGUCGAGGCGUGUGCCUUUGGAAUCUGGAAUGUGGAAAACGGAGACGAGGCAGCAGCCUGCAUCGUGAGGAAUCCCGAUGUUGAGUUGAGUGAGCAGGAAGUGAUCGAUUAUGUGGCACAACAUGCAAAUGCCCCGUACCUGAGACUGCAUGCCGGCUGCCUGAUUGUCGAAUCUCUGAAACGCAGUCCCAAUGGAAAAACUAACCGGGCGGCCAACAAGAAAGAAUAUAUUAAAGCAAAGGGUAUUCAAAUUGAAACAUAA